AUGAGUUCUGCCCUCGUAGGUCAGCGCCGGUCCUUCGACGGCCAACUAUGCACCAUCCGCUAUGUGGGUAACGUUCAGGGCACCACAGGCGACUGGCUGGGCGUCGAAUGGGACGACGCAACUCGAGGCAAGCACUCGGGCGAACAUAAGGGAGUGCGCUACUUUAUAUGCAAAAACAAAUACUCAACGGCGGGGUCUUUUGUCCGCCCCUCCAGGCCAUCAGAGCCACCGCGAAGCUUCUUAGAAGCCUUGCAUGAGAAGUAUGCUUCUGAGUUUGAACAGAGACAAGCACAAAAGGCCUUGCAAGGCGAGGGUGCCGCACAAAGGGUCAUUCAGAUCAGUGGCAAGGUCGUUGAGGAGGUCGGCUUCGAUAAAAUACGCAAGCAGCUUUCCGAGCUGCAAGAGCUGCGCAUUGUCCUACUAGAUGGACUGUGCACUGUUGGUGUGCUGUCUUCAUAUGAGCAACCUGAAGACAAGGUUGUUGAGGCUGCACCACAGAUUACGUCUACUUGUCCGAAUAUCAUCGAGUUGGAUCUUAGCCGCAGUCUAUUGAACCGAUUGCGCAGUGUUUGGGAGAUCUGUAACCAGCUUCCAAGGUUGAGGCGGCUGAAAUUGAAUGGAAACCGUUUCCUACCCUUAGAAGUGGGCUUGGUCUUCAGCGAGAGAAUCAAUCAAUUGCAUCUUGAGGAGACUCUCCUCACUUGGGAUGAAAUUGCCGCCGCGACAUCUCAAUUUCCAGGUGUCACUUCUCUCACGGCAUCUGAAAACCAGCUUACAAACAUAUCAUGCCCGCUGCCGAGCUCUAUCAGAACGUUGACACUCGAAUACAAUGAUUUCACAUCGAUAUCUGCACUACGACCACUGGCAGCCAUGCCAAACCUAGAGUACCUCGCCUUAAGAGGCAAUGAUAUUAAUACCAUCCUGGACGACCCAAACAACACCAACAUAGACUUCAAAUUCUCAAACACCCUCCACUCUCUGGAUAUUUCCCGAAAUAACAUCUCCUCAUGGACUGUUCUAAACCACCUGGCUACACUCUUCCCGGGCCUAACAACCUUCCGCAUCUCCGGGAACCCUAUCUACGACCAACCACCACUCCCAGACUAUAUAGCAGCAGCGACCUCUACUCCAAGCGCGUCAAAGCCCAUGACAGUCGAUGAGGCAUUCAUGCUCACCCUCGCCCGCUUCCCACCUACCCUCCGCGUCCUAAACUUCAGCGCAAUUUCACUUUCUGACCGCUCAAAUGCAGAAAUGUACUACCUCUCCCUCAUCGCGAAAGAGCUCUCCGCUACCUCAGAGGAUGAAGAAAAGCGCAUACUUUUCGCGCACCCGCGUUACGCUGAGCUAUGUGAGCAAUACGGCGAACCAACACUCACAAGAGCGGUUGUUGCCGACGGCUCAGGCGAAAGAGUAAUUCAUCCACGGUCUGUAGCAGCACGGCUCAUCAAGAUGGCGUUUCGCAUCGUCUGUCACGAGCAGAAGGGAGAUGAAGUGACGGAUGCGAAAACAAUCGUUAAGGAGAUACCAACUUCCUUCAAUUCAUACCAGGUCAAAGCCCUCGUGUCCAGGCUCUUUGAUCUACAGCCUUAUAGCUUUAAACUAGUUUGGGAAACAGAUGAGUGGGACCCGGUUGAGAAAGAGACUGUUGAUGAAGCAGACUGGGUCGAGGAUAGUGAGGAUGAAAUGCCUCGGGAGGUCAGUGUUCCUGCCACGGACAAGAGCCGGUUUGUGAGGCGGGAGGUCGAGCUGGCGGAUUCGACGGGGGAUAUUGGGUUUUUGUUCCAGGGCGAAACAGGUGAGAUGAAGAUUAGAGUAGAGGUGCCUUCUUUGAAUCCUACCUGA